AUGGAGGCGUCCUAUGCCUACGUUGUUGAUUUGCCUUGUGACCCAAGUUACCUUUCGAACAGGGCAUUCCGUUGUCAAACGAACAACAUGAUCCAUGCUAAUGCAUGGGGAGAUUUGCCUCAGAAACCUUUGCCUGAAAGAGGAGCGAGUUCUGAACAUUUACAUGACCUGAACUACUACGACGACACGACACAGUAUAUAUGUGCAAGAUUCCCAAGUUCGCUGCAACUUGAAUCUGCAAGCAAAGAUUCUCCUUAUCUCGAGGAAAAGAUUCGUGUAGUUCCAAGUGCAGAGGGGGAAGUCUACAUAGUGUACCUGGGCGAGCACGCCGGAGAGAAGGUGGAGGAAGCAAUCCUGGAGGAUCAUCACACGCUGCUACUCUCCGUCAAGAGCAGUGAGGAAGAGGCACGGGCGUCGCUGCUGUACAGCUACAAGCACACCCUCAAUGGCUUCGCGACGUUCCUCUCCAAGGAAGAGGCCACGAAACUAUGGGAGAGGAGCGAGGUGGUGUCUGCCUUCCGGAGCGAGGGGAGGUGGGCGCCGCAUACCACGAGGUCUUGGCAGUUUCUGGGCUUUGAGGAAGGACUCAUCAAUCCUCCCGACGGCAGGGAAUGGCUGCCGUCCCUCGACAAAUCCAGCGAGGACAUCAUCGUCGGCAUCCUCGACUCCGGGAUUUGGCCGGAGUCGAGGAGCUUCAGCGACCAAGGGCUCGGGCCGCGUCGACGUCAUGAGCGUCUCCGUCGGAUCCUCGGGGGCCCGCUGCGGUUCGCGGACGACGGGAUUGCCCUCGGGGCGCUGCACGCCGCCAAGCGCGGCGUGGUGGUCUCGUGCUGCGGCGGAAACUCCGGGCCCAAGCCGGCCACCGUGUCCAACCUCGCGCUGUGGAUGCUCACGGUGGCCGCCAGCAGCAUCGACCGCGCCUUCCACUCCCCGAUCAAGCUUGGCAAUGGUGCGAUGGUCAUGUGCCUGCCGAACUCCCUGUCCAGCGACAAGGUGCGAGGCAAGAUCGUCGUUUGCUUUAGGGGCACUGGGCUGCGGGUGGAAAAGGGCCUGGAGGUGAAGCGCGCGGGCGGCGCGGCCAUUCUGCUCGGCAACCCAGCGGCCUCCGGCUCCGAGGUCCCCGUCGACGCGCACGUCCUCCGGGGUACCGCGGUCGCCGCGGCCGAUGCCAACACCAUCCUCAGCUACAUCAACUCCAGCUCCAGCCCGACUGCCGUGCUGGACCCCUCGAGGACCGUCGUGGACGUCCGGCCGUCGCCGGUGAUGGCGCAGUUCUCGUCGCGUGGGCCCAACGUCCUGGAGCCCAGCAUUCUCAAGCCGGACAUUACGGCGCCGGGGCUGAACAUCCUGGCGGCGUGGAGCGAGGCGUCGUCACCGACGAAACUCGACGGCGACCACCGCGUGGUGCAGUACAACCUCAUGUCGGGGACGUCCAUGACGUGCCCGCACGUCUCCGCCGCCGCCGUCCUCAUCAAGGCCGCGCACCCCGACUGGAGCUCCGCCGCAAUCCGAUCCGCCAUCAUGACCACCGCCACGACCAACAACGCGGAAGGCGGCCCACUAAUGAACGGGGACGGCUCGGUUGCGGGGCCCAUGGACUACGGCUCGGGCCACAUCCGGCCCAAGCACGCGCUGGACCCGGGCCUCGUGUACGACGCGUCGUACCAGGACUACCUGCUCUUCGCGUGCGCCAGCGCCGGCUCCCAGCUCGACCGCUCGGUGCCGUGCCCGGCGCGCCCGCCGCCGCCCUACCAGCUGAACCACCCCUCCGUGGCCGUGCACGGCCUCAACGGCUCGGUGACCGUGCACCGGACGGUCACCAACGUCGGCCCCGGCAAGGCUCGGUACACCGUCGCCGUGGUCGAGACCGCGGGCGUCUCCGUGAAGGUCUCGCCGAGACGGCUCAGCUUUGCGCGGACCGGCGAGAAGAAGGCGUUCAGGAUAAAGGUGGAGGCGAAGGGGAGCAGCAUAGUGAGAGGGCAGUUCGUGGCGGGUUCGUAUGCGUGGAGCGACGGCGCCCAUGUCGUGAGGAGCCCCGUUGUUGUUCUUGUCGCGUGA